AUGGCGUCACACAUCUACACCAAAUCCGAGCUCAUCUUGAGCGAUCAAGGCUCCAAAUACGGAACAAAUGUUGACGGGGAGGUUGUCAAGGGCGAUAGCGUGCGCUUGACGGAGGAUGAGCACACGAUCAAGCUGGGAAAUUGCAAGUCUGCGCUGAGGAUCAAAUGGGAACCGACUGUAUUAACCUUCUCCUUCUCAUCGAAAGAACUCAAAGCGAAAGAUCCCCUCGCAAGCGUCCGCUCCCGCCUCGAAGACUUGGAUAUCAAGACGAUUGUCCCGUACGUCAUCGGACAUACGACCCACGUUGUCCAGAACAAGCGCAACACUGCCAAAGGGCUACAGGCGCUGGUGAAUGGUAAACAUAUCGUCCACGAGUCGUAUCUCGAUGCAUUGGUAUACGCUGCGACGCCGAGUGAUCUGGAAAACCUAGAGUCCCUAUCCCCACUCGAGGAGGAUUUCGAGGCUGCAUGGCCUGACCCCCGAGAGCAUCUCCCACCACCGGGAAAGGAAGUUGUGCAGCGACCGGCCGAAGCGUUCGCCCCGAAUCCGGACCGAAUCACUGUCUUUGAAGGAUAUACUUUUGUCUUUGGAGAUGCUGCGCAGUGUGAUAAUUUACGGGAGCCCAUCACCAAUGGCCAUGGAAAGGUGUUACUCUAUCAGAUCGAAAACGGGGUCACUACGGCGGAUGAGAUUGUACAGUUCAUGCGAAACGCGGCGGGGGACAAAGGUCUGGGCAGCCAACGUGAGGGACCGGGAGGAGUAGUUUACGUGCGGUAUCGCGCGAAAGGGCGAUACGAGGAUUGGUCAAUCGAGUUGAGCACACAGAUUGCGCGCGAGACGAAUCAGCGGGUGAUCGAGCAGAGCGAAUUCCUUGAUGCGAUCUUGGGAUGCGAUGCGUCUCCAUUGUGUCGCUCUCUUCCUGAAGAGGAAUCGCCGCAGGAGGCGGAUGCGGGACAACCAUCACGGUUAACCGAGUCGGUGACGCCGGCGCCCAGUGCUGAUGGGGAGAUGGUGGCUGAUUUGCAGCCGUCGCAGGAAAUGACGCAGCAUCCCGAGCCAAAGCUAAAGAUCCGCGGUUGGACAUCAAUGCCAUCCCAAGCUUUUGAGCCCGCCGAGGAUGGAGGGAAUGCCGCGUCGCCACCACCGAUGGAACUCGGGGUGCUGGAGGCGGCGCGACAACAUCGGGAAGCAGAAGAGGAUGCCGAACGACAGCGACGAGAAGAGGAGGAAGCGGAGUUACAAAGUUCGCUGCGAGAGGUGGAGAAGCUUAAGGGCCUGGCGAUUGUGGAGGAGAUGGAGAUCAAACCUCGACAUCACGACGUCGAGGAGAGUCGAUGGGACGAGCGAUGGAAUGGACGCAAGAAUUUCAAAAAGUUCCGCCGGCGGGACGAUGCGAACCGUCCACGCCAUCGCAUUCAGACAGUGAUUGUGCCUCUGGAAGAGGUGACGCGAAAGGGACAGGGGAUGAGCGACCAGCGUUGGAGUGGUAGUUCAAGAGAGGAACCGUCCGAUGAACGAGAUCCUGGGGGAGCUCGAUCGCCCUCGCGAGUGUCUUUAUCUCGGUCCGGAUCUCGGGUGGAAUCGCAAGCGCCGUCGCAGUCGCAAUCCCAGUCGCAAGUGUCCCGCAGCGUGUCUCGCACGGCGUCUGUGCGGCAAAAGCGAGGGCGCGACGAGCGAGAAUCCGACAGUGACGAUGAGCUGCGAUUCCGAUUCCGACGGCGGCGAUAG